ACAGUUUACGUAACCGACUGCAGUAAUGUGGCCCCGCCCCCUCUCAGUCCACGGCAAAAUGGCGACGGAGACCUGUGAUGCUGUGAACAUGGACCCUGACAUGGACCUGCUCAGCGACGAGGAAUUAGAAAGGGACGCCGAGGUCUUCAAGGAGCAAGGCAAUGCCUUCUAUAUCAAAAAGGAUUAUGCAGAAGCCUUCAAUUAUUACACCAAGGCAAUAGACAUGUGUCCAAAGAAUGCGAGUUACUACGGAAACCGGGCUGCCACAUUAAUGAUGUUGUGCCGGUAUAGAGAGGCUUUAGAGGACUCCCAGCAAGCAGUGCGACUAGAUAACGCCUUCAUGAAGGGCCAUCUGCGAGAGGGCAAGUGCCACCUGUCUCUUGGCAAUGCUAUGGCUGCCAGCCGCUGUUUCCAGAGGGUUCUGGAGCUGGAGCCAGAUAACAGCCAAGCCCAGCAGGAAGUGAAGAUUGCAGAUUCCAUCCUUGAAUAUGAGAGAAUGGCAGAGAUUGGAUUUGACAAGCGGGACUUCAGGAUGGUUGUCUUUUGCAUGGACCGUGCCUUGGAGUCUGCCUCAGCCUGUCACAGGUUCAAGAUACUGAAAGCAGAGUGCUUAGCCCUGCUGGGACGCUACCCAGAAGCUCAGUCUGUAGCCAGUGAUAUUCUGCGAAUGGACUCCACUAAUGCGGAUGCUCUGUACGUGCGUGGUCUUUGUCUCUACUAUGAAGACUGCAUUGACAAAGCCGUCCAGUUCUUUGUACAGGCUCUGCGCAUGGCUCCUGACCACGAUAAGGCCCGGCUCGCAUGCAGAAAUGCCAAAGCACUAAAAGCCAAGAAGGAGGAAGGGAACAAGGCGUUCAAGGAGGGGAACUUUGAAGCGGCCUAUGAGCUGUACUCUGCGGCACUAACGAUAGACCCCAACAACAUCAAGACUAAUGCCAAACUGUUCUGUAAUAGGGCCACUGUUGGAUCUAAGCUGAAGAAACUAGAUCAGGCCAUUGAAGACUGCACAAAGGCCAUUAAACUGGAUGAGACCUACAUCAAGGCCUAUUUACGGAGAGCACAGUGCUACAUGGACACAGAGCUGUAUGAAGAGGCAGUGCGAGACUAUGAGAAAGUUUACCAGACAGAGAAGACAAAAGAACAUAAGCACCUCCUGAAAAAUGCGCAGCUGGAGUUGAAGAAAAGCAAGCGAAAAGAUUACUACAAAGUGCUUGGGGUGGAUAAGAACGCCACAGAAGAAGAGAUCAAGAAAGCUUACCGCAAACGGGCCCUUUUACAUCAUCCAGACCGUCACAGUGGAGCAAGUCCUGAGGUGCAGAAAGAAGAGGAAAAGAAGUUCAAGGAGGUGGGCGAGGCUUUCAGCGUGCUUUCAGACCCAAAGAAGAAAUCUCGCUAUGACAGCGGUCAGGAUCUGGAGGACGACGGCAUGAACAUGGGAGAUUUUGAUGCCAACAACAUUUUCAAGGCUUUCUUUGGAGGCCCAGGGGGUUUUAGUUUUGAAGCAUCUGGACCAGGAAAUUUCUUCUUCCAGUUUGGUUAAUUGGAGAAUAUGUCCACCCGAACAAAGACUACCACAGGAUUUUUCAACAAUGUCAACCCCCAGACCUACCCUCCAUAUUUAAUGACUGACUGAUUGCAAGGGAGAUUCUUUUCUAUGCCAUUGACUGAAUGAAUGCAACCCAAUGACCACAUGCAGCAAAUGUUUAAAUGCCUGUAUAUCAAGGACGCCAUGAUGGCUUAGACUGAGUGGAUAGUGUUACUGGUUUUGGAUUUGGUUUUCUUCCUUGUAGAAUGAAACAAACUUGAAAGUCAGUAAUGGCUAACAACACCGCUACAAAUGAUGUAACGGUGUUUUAGAUUGUGCAGCUAUUCUAUCUGUGCUUUAAUGGUUCUAUACAGGAAGUGACAUCCUGGGGAAACUCCUGAGAUGCAACAGAGCAUUGAACAAGCUAUCAUACAGCUCAUGUGAACUUAUUGCUGAGGGGCUUUCCUCUGCAUGAAAUUUAAUUGCUGGGCAAGCAGCACCUCCCCCCUUUUGAAGAAUGUCAGUCAGACAGUCGGCUGCUACAAGUCCUCACUGAAAACUGUCAAGCCAAUAGCAUCACUUGAGCUUUUUUUUUUUUAAAACACACAACAGCUGGACCCUAGACCCACACACACAGAGUACAGCCGAAGCACACUUAAGAAAGAUGGCAGUGGAGACCACUGCGCCGGCUUUAUUGCCAACUAAGUCCCUCCCUCUUGUUCUCACAGGUUUUGUGUUUGAUGUUGCCAUUCACAGAUUGCUGCAUUGUACAUUUUACUGGAAUGUAAAGUGUUGAUUUGUGAUAUUUGAUUAUCUUUUUCCUUUUUUAAUUUUGUUAUGUAUAUUUAUUGUAAAUUUCCUGUCUGAUUGAAUCAUUGGUGAAAGAUGAGGAAAGUUGGCACCUAUCGCGAGCAUCCCUUUGACACAAAUUCAGGAAGAUGGUCUGCAUGAAAUGCACAGAAAAACAUGCUCUUUAUGUUCCCUGACAGUUCUCCAAACUGAAAAGGCAUUUUUAUAAUACCAUAUGUUAAUAUUACUCAAUGCAGCACAUAAGCAUAGGAAUAGAAUAAUGGCGCGAUAUGCAGAAAGUCGGGCACGGUAUGAUGGUGAAACCUAGUGAUGUUCAGUUGCUUCCUGAUGAGUGUGUUGUUCUUUUGGUGCACUUACUGGAGAAAAGAAAAGCCUCAUCUUUGCUGUUAUUGUUUUUGCCCAUAAGGUGAAACCAUCCUCUCUUUACGCUUGAAAAGUUACAGCCAUGUCAAUAAAGUUGGCCUCCUCUGGAUUUACCCAAAA